AUGGCCUUUGACUUCUCCGUGGCACACAAGUACCGUCGUGUUGUCUCAUCCUUGCAUGACCUUUCAAAUGUACCCUACGACAUAGGUGGUGUUGCGGCGUUGUGCAGUCUCGGAUGCACGACACCUUUCAAUUGCGUCAUCGGUACAAUGUCAUGGCUUGGUCUUGGUUGGCCAAUGUCGUUUGAUUACAUUGGUGAAGGUGCAUCAUCAGGUGUUAAUGCAAGUAACACUGGGCAGCAACUGCCUUCCUGCAGAAAAGGCAAGGGUCCCGGGAAACAUGCCAAGUUGAAAGGCAACGACGGGGCUACUGGGUUGGGGAGAGUUCAGACACCAGUUGGCGUAUUUGAAGAUGAAUGUAUUUUCUGCCAUUCAUUCAGAACCAGUGAGCCGUGUCAUGGUCCGAUGGUACUGUAUCACGAUAGAAGGAUUAUGCCCAAUGACAAGGGAAACCCUACCAACGCCGUCUAUGUCCACGAGAAAUGCAUCGUUUGGGCCCCAAGAGUGCAAUCCAGUGGCAGUACUUUUAAGAACGUGGAGAAUGAAAUCAAUCGUGCUUCAAGAUGGGAAUGCAGCAGAUGCAACCUCCGGGGAGCAGCGCUUGGUUGUUAUUACGGCCACUGCCGCAAAACUUAUCAUGUCGCAUGUGCAAUGAUGAUACCAGAAUGCCGCUGGGAUGUUGAGGGUCUCCAUGUUUGGUGCCCCAAUCAUGCACCACAUGAUGAUAUGAGCUCACCAACGAUGGAGAGUGACAUCGUGCUUCAAGUAGAUCAGCUGAACACCUCAAGUUCUUCCUUGUCUCAGGGGUACACAUUGGUGGAGGAUUCCUUGAAGGAAUUUGCGUCCUUGACCAAUUCAACCUUGGUUGAGGAUUGGGACAAAAAUGUGACUCAUGUUAUUGUGGGCAGAAACACAGAUACCGCAUGUGUGAGAUCAUAUGCGGUCCUGAUGGCGAUACUGUAUGGGAAAUGGAUUGUCAGAGCCGGAUGGAUUGUGGAUUUCUUGGUGCAACGAAUUCCACACCCGGAAACUCCUUACGAGAUGACAUUCUAUGGGGGUUUGCACACAUCAAUUUCUGGACCAACGAAAGGAAGAGCUAGAGCUGCUGAAGGGGACAGAACCAUCUUUAUUGGAGUUGAUGCAAGGCAACGAGGCCAACGUGGCGCGCAGCCGUUGGCACCAAAACUGUUCUCAGGACUGAAUUUCUGCUUCAGCGCCUACCUGCACGUAGAAGACUUAGAGGACUUCCAGAAUCUCAUAGCAGCUGGUGGAGGGCAACCGAUGGAGGGAGUCAGCCCAGACUCGUUACCUGAGAUUAGGAACAGAUUUCCAGGGAAGGUGUACUUCAUCUACCACGGCGGACCUCCAAGGGACUCAACUCGGUAUUUCAAUUGUAUCCUAAAGAAGCAGAUAGAGGAGUGCGUCGAGUAUGGGAAAUCGGGAGCACAGGUGAUCAGCCACCUGAUGCUGUACGAUGCUAUCCUGUCCUAUGACGCGCGGAUCCUGGAACCUGGACGGUCUUUUCACGAAUAUAUGUGAGUGAAGGGCGCGCUUCGGAUGAUGGCUUUUUGCUCGUGUUACUGGAGUUUUUUACUUUGGGUUCAUUCCCCCUCAUAUGAGUUGUGAGGACUGGGGGAUGUCGAAACUUGACAAAUAUCGCAUAAUCUACUCACCCAUUAGACUAUAGGGUGAUGUCAUUGUUGUUGUUUUGGUGCUGGAUUUACUUGUUUACCGGCCUCUCUUCUAGUGCUUGCGCUGGACGGGUGUUUGGCGGUA